UCCGUAAAGUUCAAUCGUCGUCGCGAGUCGUUCGUUCGUUUGUUGAGUGUUGAGUGUUGGCGUUUUCGGAAACGAUUUGUAGUAGUGUAAAAAAAGGUUUACUACAUUGUACUAUAUUCCAUCGCAAAUUUGCUUAUCGAAUUGCGAAACGGUUCGGGAAAAAAGGGUGACGAAUCCGGGCUGUGCGAAUUCGCGGAACCGGAAACGGAUGGUGAAGUUUUGAAAAAGAAAAAAAAGUGACACCCUUCUCUAGAUUGGUGUCUGUGGCUUCUGCCAAGAGUUUUGUGAUAAAUUUUUCCUCCCUUCUGAUGGGUGUAUCAUUUUUUCCAUUUGGGAUAACCUUGUGCUGAUGGGAAGAUUUUAGUGAGAAAAAAGUUGGUAUUAGAAUCAUUUUCGAAAGGUUGCCAAAAAGGAAUAGUGCACGGAUAAAGUUCCUUUUUUGCAAGAAUCGGAUGCGACUGCAAUUGUCGAGAAAGGUCAUGGCGUUGUAGGCGAAGGUAAAAAUCUAGAGGGAGGGGCCCUUUUGUCGGGAGAUGUGCUGCGAGACAAAAGUAGCAGGAAGCAGAUUCCAGCCAGGCCCUUGAGUGUGUUGAGAAUUUGUGUUUAAUCUCUGCGCUUGACUCGGAGAAUUCCAGGAAGUCAUACGUAGAAAGCGCGACCGAUUUAGUUUAAGCUCACUCAGUCAUCGGAUAAACGACAUCCCCAGGUCCCGCGGAUCAUGAACUCCCGAAUCAAAGAGGAUGUCAGCAGACUGUUCGAGUACUGGUGUGAGAUUGCUCCCGGACAUCCAGCUUCUGCCAAUGGCAGCAGCCCAUCUUCCCCACCAGGAGGAGGAGGAGGAGGGGGAGGAGUUGGAGAAAACAGGACCAGUGCCAGCCCAGAUUGUGGAGGAUACAUUGUGCACAGCUUCCCGGAAUCGUUCAAGGAAGCCAAGGUGAUUGCCGAUAUUCCAUCGUUUGCGUUCCCGUGCAAUUUUGAAAGGAAAACCAUCCAGGUGCAUUCGUUCGUCCUUACUAAUAUCGAUUCGAAGUGGCGGUUCGGAUUCUGCCGGCAUGAUCCCAAAUCGCCCACCGCGAUGGUUAUUGUCACCUACCUGCCCUGGCACGACACCUUCAUCCGGUUUCUGAACGUGCUGGCUGAUGUGCGGAAAAACUCCCAGAGCGAGUUCGAAUCGUUUCUCUCGGAGGCGUACAACAAGGGCAUCCCGGAACCGGGCGGCUGCCUCAAGUUCCAGUACGACCGGCCGGUGCAAACCUUCAGCUUCCAGAGGCCCCAGCAGUUUCUGCUACCCAGUAUUCCGGAAAAUCAUAACCUCAACCUGUACUACAACUUUGUGGAUCCAAAGUUCAUGAUCGGGAUAUUCGCCGCGAUGCUGGCGGAACGAAGGAUAAUCUUCGUGUCCCAGCAGCUGGACAGGCUAUCGUCGUGCAUUCAGGCGGCCAACGCGUUCCUCUAUCCGAUGGUGUGGCAGCACAUCUUCAUACCGGUGUUGCCCUCGAAGAUGCGGGACAUCCUCGGGGCACCGAUGCCGUUCCUGAUAGGCGUCCCGGAGCCGGUGUACGCGUCGCUUCGCCGCGAGGAAGUCGGCGAAGUGGUCAUUCUGAACUGUGAUAAACGAACGCUGGAAACGCCGUUCGACGAUGUGAAAAACAUGCCACCGGAGCUGGUUGCCUCGCUGAAGAAGCACCUGUCCAACCAGACCGAUCACCGGGGCGAUCGAGUUUCCAAAAUAUUUUUAGGUAUUUUAGUGCAAUUAAUCGGCGGCUAUCGGGAUGCGGUGAAGUUCAAUGACAAGAUCACCUUCGAUCCGGAAACGUUCAUCGACACCCGGCCGUCCCAUUUGAGGCCAUUCCUAACCAAAAUGCUGCAGCUGCAGAUCUUCCAGCAGUUCAUCGAAGAGCGACUAGACAUGCUCAAUACCGGACAGGGCUUUUCGGACGAGUUCGAGCUAGAAUGUUCGCGGUAUGCGGAGAAAUCCGGACGCAAGGUCAAACAGUACAAGGAUCUGCUGAAGAACUUCAAGGAUAAGACCAAUCCGGCUGUACGUUCCGCAGUUAAAUCGGUCAAAGAAGGUGGCAAAGGCGUCAAGACGGCUUACAAAGGGUUACGGUCCAAAUUUCGGGAAACAACGCCUCCUAAAUCCAAAAUGGACAGCAGCAUGCACUCGCACGUGUCCCAGUACGACAUCGGCCAUCAGUCGGCACCGAAUUCGCCAGUCUUCAACAAGCGACCCCAAACGAUUGCCCUGCCGAGCGAUUCCUACAGCAACCACGCCCAAAUGCUGACCCCUUCGAGUACGUCGCUGUUCAACUCACCGCACAUCAUGAUGGCCGGAGCGGGCCACAACAACUAUAACACCAUCACCGGAUGUAGCAGCAGCAACUACAACGGCACCACCAACACCAGCAGCAGCCACAACAACAACAACCAUCACCAUCACGGAUCCUCGUACAAUACCAGCAGCAGCGAUGUGCGAAGUCCCUCGCUCAGCCUCAGUCCCACCAGUUCGAAUUCCUCGUCGGAGAUGAACAUCCUGCAGGAGCUGCAACAGUUUGACCUGUUCAAAUCGCCCGCCGUCAAUCGGAAUCUCAAGCCCGCCUUCAGUGUGGACUCGCCGAAUCGGUCCUCAUCCAGGACCGGUGCCCCUGUCAGUCCUCCUGGAGGCAUCCAUACGCUGCCCAGAAUUCAGGAAGCACCAAGCUCGUCAUCGGCGGCGGCGGUCCAACAACCUUUGCUAGAACUGGACCUUAAUCCGACCUCGGGUCGUAAAAGUCACGAAAACAACUACAACAACAACGAUGACAACUUUGACCUAUCGCCGGAUAUGCCCUGUCCUCCGGUGCCCCCGAGGCGCUUCCAGACGGCGGCCGAAGCACUGGCCGCCAUUCAGAUUUCACCUCCUCCAAUGUCCCCACCAUCGUCUUCCUCGUCGACGUCGGCGUCGCCCUACCGGAACUAUAACAACUUCUUCCACCAAGCUGCCAUAAUGCAACAAGCAAAAUCGUCACCACCUUCAACAACGACGACGACUACGACGCCACCCGCACCACCCCCACUGAAAGCGGCCCGAAACGAUCCGCUCCUGACGCAGUUCGACGAUGACGAACUGAUCACCUUAACGCCAAAUAACUCAGCCACCCAGCCAGGAAACCAAAUCAGUAGUAGCGAUAGUAGUAGCCAAAUUGCUCCGCCGGAACAUCCAUCGGUGACGACCCUAGUUCCCACGACGACGACGGCGGCGGCGACGAUUCAGCGACGGCCCAGUCUCGGCGGAGGAGGACAAUCAAAUCAUAGCAAUCAUCAUAACAAUCACCACAAACCUCCGGCGCCGCAACCUCCCCAGAGGCCACCCUUGGCCCCGAAGCCCACCUUCCGCAAAGAGUCCGCUAAUGUCGAUGUCGCUGACGCUACCCACAGUAACGCUACCAACUCCAAACCCUCGAAACAACACUGCAAAAGCGCCGGCGACGAUGACGAACCUCCCGAUGACAGUUCCCAAGACCUGAUCAACCUGGACACGACCAACAACUCCUCCAGCUUCGAGCUGGAGGACUUUGAUCCGCUAAACGAUAACGCUAAGCCGAUCCCGAUUGCGGCACCCCGCAGCACACUAACCGCCCUGACCCCAGGCACACCCCCGGCGGUACUUGGCUUCAAUAAUCCUAUCUAUCCUUACUUUACGCCACCGCAUCUGCACUCGAAAUUGGCCACCUCGUCGCCACUUUCGUCGUCCCUGAACAAUGGCGGUGGUGGCACGCUGAAACAUUUCUCCACGACAGCACUGCAACCACCACAUCAUCAACUCCAGCACCACCAUCAUCAGCACUCACUGUCGCUCGGUGGAGGUAUGUUCCGGCCAACGGAAGGAGCAACGGCCAUCGGAAGGCCGCAGCCAUCUUAUUCUGGUAGCGGUGCCACUGGUCACAACUCAUGCGCACAAGACGACUUCGAACUGCUACGAAACUACGGUUUAGAUAAGUUCUCACUUCUAGAUAGCGCUAGUGUCGGCAAAACGAAUCAACAACAGCAACAACAACAUCACAUGAGCAGUCUGUUUGCAGCGGCCGGAAGCAGUGCGGCAGCCAUUGCCGCCGCCAAAAAACAACAACAACAACAACAACAGCAGAUCGGUGACAGGUCCACAGGGUUUGUGAAUAGUCCUCUCAACGGCCACGGUAGCAACAGCAAUAGCAAUAAUUAUAACAAUGGAGCUUCGAAGCAGUUCACCAAUUGGACCACAUUUGACUGAGUUCAGUUCUUUCGGUUUAAGUUAAGGUCUUUCGACUACAUCCGGGCUUUCCACUACACAAUACAUCUAAUGAGCGUAGCCAAAUCCAAUCAGCGAAGAGUAUUUAAUUUUUGUUUAUUUUUAUUGUGUUUUGUUUGUUAUUUAGUGUAGCUGUUUUCGUUUUUAAGAGUGUGAUUUAUUUUCACCCUUUGUACAGAAUAGAGAAUCAUUUUGUUAUAUAAUUUAUAUAGAAGAAGAGAGUAAAAUAGUAAAACUAGCCGCUAGCUAAUCUGUUGCUGAAGGCAACAGUGCGCGGCAAACUAAUAGAAUGACAACUAAACAAGCAAAAAACCGAUACUAUGAUGAACAGGAUCAACAAACGGCAAAUCGAAGUUUGAAAGCAUUUUUUUGUCAAUUUUUUUUUACCUAUUUCUGUUGGAAAACCGUGCUUAGUCAUUUUUCGGAACAAUUUAAAAGCAAACAAAUAAUCGGCAUCACUGAAAUUUGUCCGUAUUUAAUGCCAGAUGGUUUUGUCAAAAAUCAGUAAACCUCGAAGAAGCGAUCAGAACCUUGCCCCUGGCCAUGUAGGGUUUCCAACGUGGUUGAGCAGAAUUAUUUCUCCUUGUUCGCGUUCCCUCUUGAAUAAUUUUUCAACACAUCUACCAAUCCUGACGAAAUUUUCUCCACUAGAUAAACAAACCUUCCAGAUCAAAACGCAUUCUUAUUUCUUGUGCUGUCACUCUCACGGAUUUUUACUUUCCAUUCCAUGGUACUGCCCCUCUCAGAAGUCUGCACCUUGUAUUUUUUUGCUUCUGCUUUGCCCCUCCCAUGGGACCUUCAUUUCUUACCUAUAGUAUUACCACACUCAGGGGUUUGUACUUUCUAUUCGAUGGUGCUGCCCCUCUCAGGGGUCUAUAUCUCCCAUUCUUAUCUUUGGUACUGCCCCUCUCAGGGGUCUGUAACUUCAAUUUUAGCUUGUAGUACUGCUCCUCUCAAGGGUUUGUACCUUCUAUUCCAUGAUACUGCCCCGCUCAGGGGUCUGUACCUCGCAUCAUUUACUUCUAUACCUUUUCUUGCUUUUAGUAAUGCCCUUCUCAGGGGCAUUUACCUUCUAUUUCAUGGUACUGCCCCUCUCAGGGAUCUGUACCUCGCAUUCUUAUCUCUUGUACUGCCCCUCUCAGAAGUCUGUACCUUCUAUUGCGUUGAACUGUUCCUAUCAAUGAUUUUUUCUUUUCAAUCAUUAGUACUGCCCCUCUAAAAGGUUUACACCUGGCAUUCUUCUUAUUUAUUUGUACUGCCCCUCUUAAGGGUGUGUACAUCACAUUCUUUGCUCAUGUACUGCCCCUCUCAGAGGUCUGUAUUUUCAUUUCUUACUUAUAGUACCGCCCUUCUCAGGGGUUCGUACUUUCUAUUUUAUGGUAAUGCCCCUCUCAGAGGUGUGUACCUUGCAUUUUUAUCUCUUGUACUGUCCCUCUCAGAAGUCUGUACCUUCUGUUGGGUUGAACUGUUACUAUCAAUGAUUUUUCCUUUUAAAUCAAUAGUACUGCUCCUUCCAGGGGUUUGGACCUGGCAUUCUUCUUCAUUUUUGUACUGUCCCUCUCGAGGGUCUGUACCUCACAUCCUUUGCUCUUGUACUGCCCCUCUCAGGAGUCUGUACGUUCAUUUCUUGCUUAUAGUACUGCCCCUCUCAGGGGUUUGUAUUAUCUUUUCCAUAGUCCUGCCCCUCUCAGAGGUCUGUAUUUCGCAUUCUUAUCUCUUGUACUGCCCCUCUCAGAAGUCUGUACCUUGUAAUGCGUUGGACUAUUCGUAUCAAGGAUUUUUUUUUCUUUUUAAUCAAUAGUACUGCCCCUCUAAGAGGUUUACACUUGGCAUUAUUCUUCUUUUUUGUACUGCCCCUCUCAAGGGUCUGUACCACACAUACUUUGCUCUUAUGCUGCCCCUAUCAGGAGUCUGUACGUUCAUUCCUUGCUUAUAGUACUGCUCCUCUCAAGGGUUUGUACUUUCUAUUCGAUGGUACUGCCCCUCUACAAAAUCUGUGCCUCGCGUUCUUAUCUCUUGUACUGCCCCUCUCAGAAGUCUGUACCUUCUAUGGCGGUGGACUAUUCCUAUUAAUGAUUUUUUUCUUUUUUCAAUAGUACUGCCCCUCUAAGGGGUUUACACUUGGCAUUCUUCUUCUUUUUGUACUGCCCCUCUUAAGGGUCUGUACCACACAUCCUUUGCUCUUGUACUGCCCCUUCAUUUCUUGCUGCCCCUAUCAGGGGUUUGUACUUCCUAUUCCAUGGUACUGCCCCUCUCAGAAGUGUAUAUCUCGCAUUCUUAUCGCUUGUACUGCCCCUCCCAGGGGCCCAUUGACAAAUAAAAAUGGUCAACGAAUUCACAUCCAGUACUGGGUUGAAAUAUUGCUAACAGAAUAUCUAAAAAAAAUCAACAGUGUUUCCAAAUGUAUUCAAGUUAUUUUGAAGAGAAUUAAAAAAAAAAGUAGUAAAAAGGAAGCCAAAUUUUUCCAUAUUUGGAUCAACCGUUAUCGAAAUGAUUUUUUAUUUUGCGCCUCGUUUGGUACGUUCCAAUAAAAGGAUGUCUGUGUUAGCGACGCUCAAUUCCGAGUGCUUGGCAAAAAAUUCUUAAAAUUUCAACUGAUACCAGACACCUUGAUUGAUUUUUUUUCUUAGAAAAUGUGCUAAAAUUUCAGCGAUGCCGAUUUCUGUUAAAAAAGUUAAAAAAAAAUACACCUUGAAGCAGGUAGUUUACCUAUUUGACUCAAGCAGAGAGCAACAAACAUUGUUUUAAAAGCAAAUAUUUAUUAAGCGAAAAAAAUAGAAAGGAAACAAAAGUUAAGAUAUAUAGAUAACGGAAAAGCAAUUGUCGAUCGAUUGGAAGAAUUGUUUGAGAGUGCCGAAAAAUAAAACAUAUUUAUAAACCUCCAGAAAAAAAAGUUAGUGAGAGUUGUACCGUAAAACAGGAAAUCACAAGAGAGAAUAAUACAAUCGAAUCAGAAUCAGCUUAGUUAAAAUUUUGAACAAAAAAAAACAUAAAAAUUAAUGCUACUGACUUCGCGCGAAACGAAUGUAUAAGAAAAAAAAUUGUAUUUGAAAAAAAAACAGGUAUAAUCUCCCGAAGAAUUCAUUCAUACUCGGCAACAAAACAAAACUCGUAAGUAAAAAAAAAAUAUUAUAAAAAUUCAGCUUUGAGACAAGAAAACAAAAUCGUAAUAGAAACAUGAUUUUCAAACGGUAUCCGAUGAUAAUCGAUAAUCUAUAGAAAAAGAGAAUUGUUGAUUCCAAAAACGGCAGCUGCUAGAUGAAAGUGACAAUUACAAAAAAAAAACCGGAAAUCAAUCUUUUUACCAAAUUUCAAACGCAAAUAACAAUCUUUGAAAUAGAAAAAGCCUAUUUGGAACCAGAUUGACAGUUUUAAUAGCAGAGCAGUUUAAAAGUUUUUAAUUGACGACGUAGGUUCAGUGCUCAUAUUCCAAAUUUUAGUGUGGACAUUUUUGAAAAAAACUCAUCCGGCAGCUGCAGUUAUGAUUAGGCAACAACAUUUUCAAAAUUAGAUGUUAAUUUUUGUACAUUGCGAAAACAUACUUCCUAAUUAUCAACAGAUCGAGGAAAAUACACGUACAUUACCGUUUGAAAAUUCAUAUGAUUCACAAUGUUUAAUAUAUCAACCAGUUAGGCAAAUAUUGAACCAAAUCAAUCAUUUUAAUAUAUUUCUACUCGAAUUUCGAUAGCUAGACAGAGAUAUGUAAACAUUUUGCAAAACAAACAGACAGAAAAAAAAUCACCGCCAUAAACACAAAAAUAAAAAAAAACACACUCGAAGCCAUCGCAUAAUUCGAUCAAUCAUUUUUCAAUAACCGUAUUAAACUCGGAAGCUGCAUACCUAGUUGAAUCAUCAAAAACAAAACGGCAACCUAAACAUAUUCAUUGAGAUGGACUAUCGAUAACACUUAUUUAAAAAGUACGUACGCAAACAGUUUUUGAAAAAAAAAAGAUAUUUGAACAAAGGUAUUUGGAAAAUAUGGAAAAAAAAUCACAGAUAAGCAGGAGAAAUGAAAAAAAAAACAGAAAGAAAAACGAUUUUAGCCAGAACAUUUCCUUUUGAAGUUGCAUUGUAGCAAACAAAAAAUAUUGUAUAAUCUUACCUUUUUCUUCGUUGUUGUAACUCAUCCUCUUUUUCCAAUUUAUUGUUUACCAAUUGUUAUUGGAUUUCUACGGUUUUUUUUAUUUAUAGAACUGAAAAUGCUGGUUAAGGUUCUUUUAAUGUAAAUUCUAUGAUCUGAACAAAAAAGGUCAACAACAGUCAUGUUUUCAAAAAGUCGUGCUAAAGAACGUUUUAAAAACUUUUAAACGAACUCAUGUGAACACAUAAGAAAAGGAUUGAUAGACGUAGUUGAGAGUAGGAAAUAUAUAUAUAACAAAUGAAAAAGAAAAGAGAAAAUAUAUAAAGUUCGAGAUUUUGUUGCAGAACAAGCAAAAAAGACAGUAUAAAAGGUAUAACUUUCAAAAUAUAGCAUAUAGUGGAUGUUUGUCAAACAAACGGUGAUGUGAAGUUGUUCUAAUGCUCAAAAACUAAACAAAAAACGAAUGAAAAAAAGUAAAUCGAUUGGUACUAAUCAGAAAAAAAACCCCUUUUAACCCUCUACGCUCAAUCGCAUUUCUCAUCAGUGUUGUAGCUGUCCUAAUUUCGCUUUAAGUAUCUACCGAUAAAUUGUACGCACAACAAUUCGCGGUCUAUUCUUUUUAAAAUUUAAAACUUUUUUCGCUUCCAACCAUUCCGAAUCCUUAAAAUAUCUUUCCCCAUCAUAAUAGCAUUUAUAAAAAAAAUUGCGCUUUUUCUUAGAAAUCUUACUAAAACACAAGGAACUGCUGUUUUGAAACAGAAUAUUCUAGGUAACUUUAAAUCAAUUACUGACAAAAAUAUUUAGAAAGAAAAAAACUGUUUAAAAACGCUUUAACGUGGUAAUUACCCGUGUAAUAUUUUGCCAACAACAAACAAAAAAAAACGCACCAGAUAUUUAUCGAGCAACAAGUUAUCAACAAAAAAAAAGUUCAGUUUCUGCCGAUUUAAAGCUUGUAUUUAUGAAUAGGCUUACGCGCUUGGCAACAUUGUUAGAUCACAUCAAGGAGAAGUUCAAUCGAAAUCUUCUAAACAUCACCUAAACAAACACACACAAAUAACAUCUCCUUUUUCCCGGUGAGACAGGGAGAUCAUUUCUAUCUCAAGAACGAAAAAACAAAA